UGUCAUGUCAUGUCAGUGCGUGUGGUUGUUUCUGUUGCCGGCGUUAUUUUUCGCUCUAAAACGAUAAAAUAGUCUAAAUAAUGCAGUGAAUAAUGUUAUUAAAAGGAUUUAUUGCUUGUAUUUUAGUAUAUUAAUAAUGGCGUCUUCGUUUGGUGAUGUUGUUUUAGACUUUGACUUGGAUUUUUUACAUCAAACUAAUAAUGCCUCAGUGCUCCCUCCGAAGUUGGAUAAACUGAAAAAACAAGUAUACAUUGCUAAGAAAAGAACAAUUGCAGUUGAUUCACUCAUUCGCAAAUAUUAUGAGAAAAAGGAAGAGAAUGAUCAAUUGGAGAAACAGCUUCUGGAAUCAAGGGAAGAGUGCAAGCAGGCUUGCAUCAAUUAUGACAACGCUAUACACAGACUUGCACAACUGGAGGAGAAAGAUAACAAAUUGGUCCGAGAAAACAAGGAAUAUCAAGAAAAGUAUUUACUAUCAGAGAGCAGAUGCCAGGGGAUACAAAGUCAUGCUAACCAAUUACAGUCACUUAUAAAAGAGCAAGAGACUAAAAUUGAAUCUCUGGAAAUUGAAAACCAACUGCAAAAAUGUAGUAAGAAGAAUUCUGAAAAGAAAAUAUGUUCUCUUGAAAACAGUUUAAAAAAUUUAGAAGGGCAAGUAUCAACAUUAAAAAAAGAAAAAUCUGAUCUAGAAAAGGAUGUUUCUUUAUUUAAAGAAAUUGCACUAGGAAAAAAAAAAAUAGAUGAGGAGGUGAAGGUUUUAAUGAAGAAAUAUAAUGGUAUAGAAGAUAAUGGAGGAAAGGAGCUCUCAGAAGCUGAAGGAGAUGACUUUAUUGAGGAAGAAGAAGACGAAGAAGAAGAAACAGCAAACCCACACUAUAACAUGGAAGAAGCCUCUUGGCAAGGAAUUGAUGAUGAUAAUCAUCCUCCAGUCCAGGAUGAGUUGCUAGAAUGCAAAUCAGUAAUUAUCUUUGAAAUGGUGCCAAACUCACCCGAAGAAGAAGAAUCAACUAUAAAAACAUGCCCGUCAUCUCCCACUCCAACUCCACUUACUGAGCAUCAAGAAGAAAAAAGACCAGAGGUUGCUGUAUUAAAUGACAUCAUGGAUCAUAAUUCCGAAAACAGUAAUGAAGUUAUUGGAAGUGAAGACACAGGGCGGGGAUCGUCCCUACACUUCUCAGAUGACAAUGAUAAGUGCUUCAACAGUCCUGAAUACGACAGUAACCAUAGUCCUAUCAAUACUGAUAUUAUAAUCACUAACAAGCAAGUAACAAGUGGGGAAGCAAACCUUACGACUACUGAAGGAAUUAUAAAUAACAAACAAAUCUCAAAGAUUGAAAAUCUCCAAGAUGAAUAUGAAGAUACAAGCCUUAUUAUGCCGAAUGAUAUUUUCGAAGUUCCCGAAGUGAAACAAGGUACAGAUACAUUGAGAGGGCGAGAUUCUCCUUUUGAAUAUUAUGACGACAAUAAUGAUUGCUAUGAUAGUCCAGACGAUGGUAGGUCUGUUAGUCCAAUGGAUACCGAAGUAACGAUAAAUGAUAUGCAAAUUUUAAGAGAGGAACACAUUCUUAACAUCAUACUUGAUGAUGACUGUAAAUCCACACUACAAAUUACGUCAAAUGAAACUUUCAAUAUUCCGUUAGAGAAACAAGUGGUUAUAGGGCCGGAUUCCCCUAUUCAGAUUUCAGAUGACACUCAUAAAUCUCAUGACCAUUGCAGGACUGGCAAUCUCAUUAAUACAGAUAAGCUGAUAGAUAGCAAUCAUAUUUCAACAUCGCAGGAAAACCUUGGUAUUGUUCGUGAGGUUGCAAAUGAAGCUAGCCCUGUUGUAUCAAAUGAUGAAGUCUUCAAAAUCCCAGAAGUGAAACAAACAGCAGAUAAAUUUAUGCAACUGAAACGCGUCCACUUUAAUGAUGGAACUACAAGUCCAGUUGAUAAAGACCUGAUUGAGAUAAAUAAUAAGAAUGAAUUAAUGACAUCCCCCAAAUGUAAGACACAAGGUGCUAGUGUAGAGGUUGAAACAAGUCCAGUGAAAAGUAAUAAAAAACCGGUAACAAUAUUAAGCAAUUGCAAAGUAGAGUUUAGCCAAUUGGCAUCUAAAAGCUGUGAAAAAGUUAAUGAGGAGGCACACUGUGUAACAUUGAACAGUAACGAUACAUUAUGUGACGAAAACAGUAUAGAUGAUGCUGAAGUAUCCAAUAUACUGAAUAAAAUGAGCCUGCGAUAUAAUAUAAUUACUCCUUUACCAUUGAGCCCUAGAUUACCAGUGAUGCCGCCACAAAGAGAGUCCUGUGAAAGCCCGGAAAUACCUAAUGUUAAUAAACAUGACAAAAUAUUACAGAGUAUAUCAGAUCUUACAAAAAUGUUAGUGAAUUUCCAAGCAUCUCUCCCAGAUAUUGUAAAGCCCAUAGUUUAUUCUGCUAUGAAUGAAAAAAUGAAGCUUGAUGGGGUUAGUUCUCACAGCAAAAAUGAAAUUGUUUUACCAACAAAUGAUCAUGAAAAUGCAAAUGAUUUUGGCACUAUUUAUAAUCAGACUGUAUCAAAAAUACAAAACACUUUUGAUGCAACAUACAAUUCUUUACCUGAUAUAACCUAUACACAGCCCGAUCCAGAUAAUGUAGAGCCAGAAAAUAGUGAUCAAAUCCAAGAAAUGCAUGAAGAAGAAUUAGUGAUUCCUUGUGAAGAUCAUUUGUCUGAGGAAGAAACUGAUCUCAUUAUAAUUUGUGGUGAUGUAAAUCAAACACCAGAACCUGUAAGCAAUCCCAGUGAUAGACGGCCACCCAGACUCGUUGACGGAUUUCAGUUCGAUGAACCUUGCAGUGAUGGCCCAAACAGUUCUGACCAAGACAAUGUGAACAGUACAAAUAACACAUUGGAACCUGUGGAUUCAUCGCUUCAAACAAACUGUGAUACUAAUCUAGAUGAAUCCAACAACAAUAAUAUAGAAAACAAUCAUAAAGUUAAAAAACAGAAACAAAGUAAGUUGCAAAAAUUAAGGAAGAGAUUAGUGCCGAGAAAUAAAAUAAAGCUUGAUGAUUUGCCAGUUAAAAAGGCAAAAUCAAAGUUACAAGCACUGCCCCAGAGAAGUAGUAAACUUGCUCCUUUAGAAAUACUUAGUAAUAAAGCAUAUUACCAAAAAGCUGCGUCUGUCGUGGCCGAAUUUAGAGAAAAACAAAAGAUGUUGGAACACAAUAAAAUUAUUAAGAAAGGUAAUAGUAAAUCUAAGAAUGUAGAAAUUGAUAAGACCGAUUUAAAACAAAAACAGAAUAACAAAGACCACACACAAGAAAAUACUAAAUCUAAGGAUGCCGAAUUACCCCAUGCUAGAAUAAAAAGUCCAGUUCCUAUAUCAGGAUCCAUGAAGGAAGAAAGUGCAAUACCAACGACAUCAACAUGCCUGCAAGGUUCACCUGAAAAAACGAAAGUUGGAGAAUCUACAAUCAAUUCGCCUACGGGUUCAGUGACUACCCGAAGCAGAAGUAAAGUAGAAAGUGCUAUAAAAAGAUUAUUUGGAAAUGAUUGUGAUGACGAACCAACCAUGGAUUGUGAUAAAUUUGGAUCAGUAGUUGCUUGUAAGCAAGCCGUCAAAGAAACCAUUCCCGACAAAUCACAAACUAGAAGAAGGUCAUUAACCGACAGAAAAGUAAAUGCUGCGACUAGUGAUAAAUUAAUAUCGUCAGCUACUUGUAAACAAGCUGUGCAAGAAACAUUGAAUAAACCGCAGACUAGACGACAAUCAUUAACUGAUAAAAACAAAAUUGCUGAUGGUGUUGAUAAAUUGGAAUCUGUAGGAAAUUCUAAACAAGUAGCCAAAGAUUUACCAAUGUAUAAAUCACAAACUCCACUAAGGUGUUAUACCAACAAAAAAACUGUUACUAGAAAAAACACUGAUACAUUGGAACCAGUAGUUGGUUGUAAACAAGCCGCUCGAGAAAAAGUUUCAGAUCAUCCUCAAACUAGACGAAGAUCGUUUGACAAAAAACCGAUUACUGAUAGCGGUGAUAAAUUAAACUUGGUAGGUUCUUGUGAAACAGUCAUUGAAGAAAUGACAUUGAAUAAACCUCAGACAAGACGACACUCAUCAACUGACAAAAAAUCUAGUGCUGAUGGGGAUAAAUUGAGAAUGGCAGAGAAAACACCGCCGAAUACACCACGUACUAGACGGCAAUCCUUAAUUGAUAAAAAGUCUAUAGCUGGUACUGAUGACAAAUCGAAGCCCGUUGAAGAAACGCCAUGGAAUAAACCACAAACAAGACGGCAAUUAUUGUUAAAUGAAAAAAAAUCUAUUACUAGUAGUGAUUGUAAAGUAGAAGAAGUAUGUUUUUCUGAUGAUGCUGCUAGAAGAACAGCACCAAACACACCGCAAAGUAGGCGAAGCUCAUUAAAACGUCACAGUACAGAUACGCUGGACUUCACACCAAAGCGGGUAUUGCGAAGUUCUAAUGUAAUUGUUUCCGAUGAAGGAAGAAAGGAUAAAGAAAACAAAACCAAUAAUACAGAUCAUUCACCAGUAUUAAAAGAAGUGCAGAUCUUAGUGCCGAAAGCUAAUUUAGAAGUUAUUAAAAAAAGACUGAAGUCAACUUCUGAAACCGAAGAUCACCAGCAUUCGUCUGACGUUCAGCCUAAAGAUAGUAUCUUGUGUAAAAUGAUUGAUAAAUAUGGUUCCAACAAUUCAUGCUGGAAAAAUAUGAAGAAAGUACCAGAACACAUAACCAACAGUAUUUGCAAUAACAUAGAGGAUAGUAUUAAGAAAAUUAUAGAGACAGAGGGAGAUUGCAAAGAGGCCAUGGACAAACUGGUCGACAGCAUACAAUGUUUGAACUAUAAACAUUUCCUGAUUGGCCUCAUGCAGUACUUGAGAAACCCGGAAAGGAAAACUGAACUGUUUUCCAAAACAUGUGCCCCGCCUUCUCCCCCCAUGACCAAGAGUGAACAAGUACUACUCUACGUCAUUGGUAAGCUCAGAAAGCUAUGGCCUUCCAUUAACAUCACAGAGGAAAUAAUGAAGAACAUUGAAUACAAUAUAUUCCGGUUAAACCACACGCCUGAGUUUAACACUAUCGAUAGUUUGUCUCACUUCUACGCAGUGUUGUGUCGGUACUUGAGGACUAAGAACAGACUGAGAGUGUUUGUAUUGGAUGCCAUGUACUGCAUUUCAUUCAAGGCUAUACCACUAAUAAAACAGUGUCUGGAUGUCUGGGGCCAUAUCGUUCCAACCGCCUAUGUAAAACUAGCUAAGACCCCUCUAGUCAUGUGUAUGGUCUACCUGCUACAUUUCUACAAGUGCGACGAUAUGUUCAACCGGGUGCAAGAGAUCAGAUACCUCCUGAGCAAACGCUACUCGUAUGAUAUGGCUGAGUGGAAUGAGACUAGAAUAUUGGAAUGUCUCAAAACAGCGAUAUUGCAGUUACGUGACAUACCAAUCGAGAGAAAAAUGCUGAGGCUGUCUCUGAUCAUCCUCGGGAAGCGGAACGGGGCCAAGUGGUGUCAGAAAUUCCUCGUGAAGAGUAUGUUGAUGCCCUUGAUCGAGGACCGGGCCACGCCGGCCAGAGUGCGCAACUUCUGUGUCUCCACGCUGGGGCCGCUGAUGAAGCCCUUCCCCGCCGACAUGAAGGUCUACUGCGAAAUCGUCAUGAACCAAUUGUUCGACAUGUUGGAACAUACUAAUUCGCAAGAAACGAAAGAAUCAAUCUUCGUGGCGUUGCUGUACAUGAACAAGCACAACUCGCAGCGCGUGACCAAGGCGCUGCUCUCGUGGCGGCCGCCGCGGCCGAUAUCGUACGAGCUCGAGCAGCGGUUCGCCGACUUCGUGCGAGAGAAGCCAAUCAAAGUGUGGACGCGAACGCUCUCCAAGAUCACGUAAAGUGGGGAAAUUGCACCACUGUGCGUUUUACGAAUAUUGACGACUUUAGUCGAUAGGCAGGCACUGGAUUUAGUAUGCGUUUUGUUAGUAUCUGACUUUACCGACAGCGGCGCUGAUCAAGGUAUCAUAUUGUUAUCGAAUAACGCUAUCGACUUGAGUCGAGAAUAUUCGUGUAAGUAGUCUGUAAGGACCAGUGUAAAGAUAAGCUUUAAAAUCUAGAUGCUUUUAAGUUAUUGUAAAUAGUUACUGUUAGUUUAAGCCUUAUAUUUUAAGUAUGUGUUAAUGUGGAAGCACACUGAAACUGCUACUAAUUACUUGAAUGUGAUUUUAAAUUCUUCAAACGAAGAAAAACAAUAUAAAAAGUAAUAAAACAA